AGAUAUCAGACACUACCAGAGGAUGUUGUUGUGUUCCGCAGUACUCAGAUUUGGUAGCCUUAGUUUCACAGGCCUCUAAAAAGUACGAGAAGCCGACUGGGGAUGUUAUUAGGAUUUCUUCUCAUCCUCCUUAUUCCUUUUGUGUUCGCCCAGCAGGAAAUAGCGCAACCACAGGUUGACCCAUUUCAAGCUUCUACCCUUAUAACGGGUGAUAUUAUUCUAGGAGGACUUUUUCCAGUGCACGAAAGAGGUGAAAAAACACCAUGCGGACACAAGAUCUACCAUCGCGGCAUCCAAAGGAUGGAAGCCAUGAUGUUUGCUAUGGAUCGGAUCAAUGCGGACAAGAAAAUUUUGCCAAAUAUCACCAUAGGUGCUCACAUUAUCGAUACCUGUUCGCGAGACACUUAUGCUUUAAAUCAGUCUUUACAAUUCGUUAGAGCGUCUGCUUUGAAUAACAUUGACACGUCCAAUUUUGAAUGCCAAGAUCAUUCUAUCCCGCGUCCUAGAAAUAACUAUUCGGGUCCUGUGUUCGGCGUCGUCGGUGGUAGUUACAGUUCGGUGUCUCUUCAAGUAGCAAAUCUCCUAGGACUGUUUAGAAUUCCUCAAAUAUCACCUGCCUCUACCGCGAAAGCUUUGAGUGACAAAACUCGGUUUAAAUAUUUCGCUCGUACCGUACCGCCUGAUACUUUUCAAUCGAGCGCGCUAGUAGACAUCGUUAAAAGUGUAAACUGGUCCUACGUAUCCACCGUCUAUUCCGAAGGUUCCUAUGGUGAAUAUGGAAUAGAAGUUUUCCAUCGCGAAGCUCAAGAAAGAAAUGUUUGCAUAGCAGCGGCUGAGAAAGUUCCUAGUACUGCGGAUGAAAGAGACUUCGACAAUAUUAUUGCCAAACUUAAAAAGAAGAUUAACGCAAGAGGCGUGAUUUUAUUUACAAGAGCUGAAGAUGCAAGACGUAUUCUAAUGGCUGCGAAACGUGCCAACGCAACAAGACACUUUUACUGGGUUGCUAGUGACGGAUGGGGCAAGCAACAAAAAUUGGUGGAAGGCAUCGAAGAAGUCGCAGAAGGUUCCAUAACAGUUGAAUUGCAGUCAACAAAUAUACCAGAAUUUGACACCUAUAUGAUGACAUUAACUCCAGAAGGGAACAAAAGAAAUCCAUGGUUUGAACAAUAUUGGGAAGAUUUCUUCCAAUGUACCCUUCAAAAAAAUCUACCCUUGGAAACGAAUGUUACGUUUAAUGUUUGUAACGAGGAUUUGAGAUUGGCCCCUGAAUACGGAUAUGAACAGGAAAGUAAAGUGCAGUUUGUUGUUGAUGCAGUAUAUGCAUUUGCGCUGGCCCUAGACAGGCUUAACAAGGAUAUUUGCAUAGAUUACGAUCAUCGCGGUGUUUGUCCAGCUAUGACUCAAUAUGAUGGAGGAGAUUUCUACCAGACAUAUUUAUUAAAUCUAAAUUUUAAUGGUAAGUUACGCUAUGUAGUAGGAAAAUGGUUCAAUUUUUUGGAGCUUAAUCAGGAAUUUCUAAUAUUCGACCAUAACCUGACCACAACACCCGUGUCGGCUUGCUCAUUGCCUUGUGAAGUAGGCAUGAUCAAAAAGCAACAGGGUGACACAUGUUGUUGGAUUUGUGACAAAUGCGAGGAAUACGAAUACGUCUCAGAUGAGUUUACUUGCAUGGAUUGUGGUCCCGGCUACUGGCCAUACCCGGACAAAACCGCUUGUUACCCAUUGGAAUUGCAAUACAUGCGAUGGGAUUCACUUUAUGCGAUCGUCCCAACGGCAUUUUCCUGUUUGGGAAUUGUCGGAACAUUUGCUGUUAUUGGUCUAUUCAUUAAGCAUAACGAUACGCCCCUUGUCAGAGCAUCUGGAAGGGAACUUAGCUACAUGUUACUGUUCGGUAUCCUCCUCUGUUACCUCAACACGUUUGCCCUUCUGGCGAAGCCCUCAACCACAGUCUGCAUUACCCAAAGGUUUGGUGUCGGAGUGGGAUUCUCGAUAAUUUAUGGUGCACUACUCACAAAAACUAAUCGGAUAUCACGGAUUUUCGAUUCGGCAUCGAAAUCUGCCAAAAGACCAAGCUACAUCAGUCCGAAAUCGCAGGUUUGCAUCACGUGCUCUCUCAUUGCGGUCCAAGUUAUUCUGACUUUAGUUUGGAUGAUUAUCGAACCUCCUGGGACUAGAUAUUAUUAUCCUACAAGAAAAACGGUUAUUCUGAAAUGCAAAAUACAAGACAUGUCCUUCCUUUUCUCUCAGCUGUACAAUAUGCUGCUUAUUACUAUUUGCACAGUGUACGCUGUAAAGACCAGGAAAAUUCCCGAGAACUUUAACGAAUCCAAAUUCAUUGGGUUUACGAUGUACACAACCUGCGUCAUCUGGCUCGCUUUUAUCCCCAUCUAUUUUGGAACUGGAAACGCUUAUGAGUUUGGAGAAUCAGUUACCGUACCUACUGCCAUUUCCGCAUCAAAACAAGAACAGAGCGCUGGAUAUAAAAAGGGAGACUAUCACCCAGUCAACAUUGGAGACGAAUACUGUGCAAGGUACUAUGUGAUAAGAAACUUAGGCUUUGGUACUUAUUCUACUAUUUGGCUACGUUGGGAUAAGGAAGACGAACAUAUUGUGGCCCUAAAAAUUUUGAGAUCAACUUCACCUUAUUCUGAAAUUGCUUUGGAAGAAAUCAAAUUUCCCAGAAUCGUGGAUACAGCUGAGCCUCAAGACCCUAGAAGAAACCGAACACCACGACUUUUAAAUGAUUUCCGAAUUAGUGGGGUUAAUGGAAAACAUAUUUGCCUGAUCUUUCAAAUCACUGGCUAUAACUUAAAACUAUUAUUACAAAACAAUGGCCAAGGCAUCCGAUUAGCCAAUAUCCGCACAAUAAUGAAGCAAGUCUUAGAAGGACUGAAAUAUCUACAUUCCAAAUGCAAAAUUAUUCAUGGGGACGUAAAACCAGAAAAUAUUCUCAUAUGUGUUACAGAAGAUUAUAAUAUUAAACUCGCGUGUGAAGUUGCUGAAAUGCACCGAUCCGAAAUUAAAUUACCCACUUCUAUUGUUGCCAACGCACCACUAGGCACAAUGAAAUCAUCCAAGCAAAUAAAGGCGGAUUGA